AUGGAUUCGAAACCCUGAAUUGCCUCUUCAAAUUCUCUUCCGCUUAAGCCAUUGUUCUCCAUCCGCCGUUUUUCAGCACAAGAUGCUACAUAAUCAAUCUCUCUAAACCCUUAAUUUUGGAUGCUACAAUAGAUCCAUCACUGGAGUUUUAGUUAAUUGUCAUUCGUAUAUUGGAAGAAAUGGGAGUACAAUUAGCUGCUGAGCAGGUAGUCAUGCAAGAGGUUGAGAAUGUUGACCUUUCUGAUUCAGAGCUGGUCUAUCAUGUUAGGGAUGCCCUCAAAUCUGCUAUCCAGGGUGAUAUGGACAAUUAUUCCCAGCUUGUUGGAGUUAUAAACCGUGAUCAACAUCUAUCAACUGAAGAGGUGGCCUUACUUGUGACAUGUUUAAAGGCUUUGUCAGGAGCUGUCUCUUGUAUAGACAUUGUUCAUCAUCAAUCUCUUCUUUCUUCUAUAUUAAGAAUGAGCAUGUGGAACUACGGGACUGAUGUGAUGGAUGCUCUGAUGGAACUAGUUGUAUCCUUGGCGGCAUCAAGUGGGCAGUACAUUGAUUUAUGCUUGGAAAUGCUUGUGAGUAAUUUUAUGCCCCCAUACACCUUCCUGCAAUUGCUGAGUCAGCCAAGAGGUCAGGCAAGAAAGGGACAAGUUCUUGAUCGUGUGCAUUCAACAUUGAAAGACAUUGCUGAUUUAGUACCUCUCUCUCCUUUGAGACUUGAGAAAAUAAUUAAGGACAGAAUGCCUCACAUAUUUAUCAAGGAAGCUUUGAUUGUCAUGUAUGUGGAGAACAUGCUAAAAUUGGAGAGUAGCCCGCUAGGUGAACUUGUUGGGAGCACAAUGCUUGUGGCAAUUGUGGAUAGGCUUGUAGAUUUGGAUGUGGAUAUAUCAUGGGAUGCUAUUUUGCAAGAUGAUUUCACUAAAGGAAUUUUUGACAUUGAGUUAGAAGAUCUAGAAGGGCCCAUAGACAAUGGUCAGCAAGAGAGUUUUGACUUUGAGCUUCAAAGGGACAUGUGGAUAGACAGAUUUUUUGGAGACAGUGUCAGUGCUCAGAAGUUGGAUAGUUUGAUGGUGCUCAUAUUUGAGUACUUCAUAUCUUGCAAUGACAGUGGCUGCCUUCGUAGGGUAUUUGACACACUUCUUCAGUCCUUUGAAAAAACUGUUUUGACAGCAUACAAGUCCAAAUUUGCGCAGUUUGUUAUGUUCUAUGCUUGUUCACUUGAUCCUGAGAACUGUGGUAAGAGGUUUGCAAACAUGCUCAUUCGUAUAUUUGAGUCCAGUGCCCAUCUUGAAUGGAGAAUGAGUGCUGUUGCUUAUCUUGCUAGUUAUCUGGCUCGUGCAAGGUUUAUGGACAUGCCAUUUGUUGCUGACUGUUUGGAAAGAUUGGUGAAUUGGUGUUAUAAUUAUUGCAAAAUUAAAACUGGUGAAAUUAAUCCAAAUCCUAGAGUUCACAAGGAUUUCUAUGCUGGAUGUCAGGCCAUAAUGUACAUAAUUUGCUUCCGGAGGGGAUCCAUUCAUAGUUUAUUCCGUAUUAAAUCUCAUCUCCUGCGCAUGCGUAUAGAGGAUAUCUUGAGGCAUUCAUUAAGUCCAUUGAUGGUUUGCUUACCAUCAAUAGUAGAAGAAUUCCUUAGGGUGGCAGAAACUACAUGUUUAUUUAGUUUCCCAGACAACAAUGCCCCCAUUGGCAGUGGUCUACUCGAAUCGGAAGUUUCAAUGGCAUUUGGUGGGAAUCAGAGGCUUGACGCGUUUUUCCCAUUUGACCCAUGUUUGCUAAAGAAAUCUGACAGGUUUAUCAGGCCAAACUUCAUAUACUGGUCCAUGGUUAGAAAUACUUAUGAUGAGGUUGAGGAUGACGAAUGCACUAGUGAUGAGGAUGAGGUUGAAGUUUGCAUUCCUGGGAAUGGUAUGGACAUAGUUGAUGGAGGAGCUCCCCGGAGUUGUCAGGUUGACAACGGGAAUCUUGACGUUGAGUUUGAUUACAACCUGAACAAGAUGUCUAUAACUCCGAAAAAUACAUUACUCCAACGCUUUGGAGGUGAAGGUGCAGGUGCAGGUGCAGGUUUGCGGAUGCCCUCGAGAAUCAGACCUUGUCCUGAUUCUUUGUGAUGGAUGGACCAUUGUCCUUUCAGUUUUGCUGUGUUGUGCGUAGUAGCCUAGUAGGUAAUUGUAAAAAAAUAUGUAGGAGCUUCAAUAUUGGGUUUAUCGAGGCAAACCCCACUCCUCUUCCGAGUAUGUGAGUAAACCCUCGCCCUGUGAUCCUAGCCGGCAAAGGACCACAGGGAGGUUAACCAGCCUAGGUUGCCCAUAGCUGACCGGCUCAAACCCGGGUGGCAGACGGUUUCGAACUCAGGACCUCACGGCCGCGAGCGUCUUGGUCUUGCCACUCAGGCUGCCCUUACGGGCAUAGGAGCUUCAAUAUGAGUCUCAAUUUUGUGGUGGAGUAGCGCAAUCUUCUGCUCCAUGUAUUCUACAUCUACCUACCUAUAUUAAUGUAACCCUAUUGUUUUAAUCAAAAUGGUUUGUAAUGUCGUCUCUA